UAAACCGGACGCGAUAAAUAGUAUGCAGUUUAACUGUGUAGUACGCUAGUAUGGGUUUUCGGACACCGUUGACGUUAGAAAGUUUCAUUUGACAGAAAGGUGCGUGACUACUCCCUCGUGUGGUGAUAAUAAUGGUUUUAGUUUCUAAACGUCCUAUUUAUUUUGGUAACUCUUCGGAUACCUCUCUCUCCUACGCACAUAGUACGAUUUAUCAAACCCGGUUUCUACUCUCUCACCGACAUUCUUUCAUUUCCUUUGUAAUUAUCGUUUAAUCGCUGACACUAGAUUUAUUUUUAAUAUUUUUUUGAACGGGGAAAUAGUUGAAUGUUGAUGACGUUCCGUUUAUUUUCUCGGUUGAACCGGUGAGCGGGGCAGUAGCCUCCUGUUUUGAGAUGUCCACCUGGUUUCCUGUUCUACAACAGUAGAAAACAAGGACAUUCAUGUUUUUGACAAAGUCAUUGUUGUUCGUCAUAUUGAUUUCUGCGUAAACUGAAAGGUUUUUGAAUCUAAUUCCGAGAGUGUUGGCCUAUUUCCCCCACCGAGGACCGGUAUGGAUUUCCAUCGCUCGGUUCCAGGCUAACACGGACCAUCAGUUGUCUUUCUCCUAAAGGCAAAGCUGCUGUUGAUGUAUUUAUUGUUUGGAGCCUCUCCUACCUGAGGCGGUGAUAGAGGUCAAGAGGUCAAGAGCAUCCUCUCUUCAGAAUCAGAUACUUUCUACCAGCUGAAGAGCCAGCCAUUCACUCUGAGCUCAGUGAUGACCUCCCGGGUGUUGAUGAGGCAGGAGCUGAUGCGCCAGCAGGCCAGGGACCAGGAGAGGAGAGAGGCCCAGAAGCAGGUCUUCUCAGCCCAGCUACGAACCACCGACUCCUCCCCAGCCAUCUCCAUGGCCCCAGAGCAUACCGGAGCCCGACCACCCCCUGCCCAGGUUCCUGUGGAGGUCCUCAUGGUUCAGACCAACUUGGAGAACCCCACUAAAUACCACAUCCAUGCCUCCCAGAGACAGCAGGUUAAACACUACCUCUCCUCCACCGAGGGGAACAAACUGACCAGUCAGACGCUGGGCACCUCCCCCUCACCUCACUCCGGAUCCGCCCCCGAGCUCCAGCCUGCAGCCAACAGCACUCCCAGCAGCCCACUGGCCGUGCUCAGCCUGAGCUCCAACAAAGAGGAGAUGGAAGAUGUGAUCGAUGGCAUCAUCAGUCUUGAAUCCGGUCUCAACAAUGAGUUCUUUCAGUUGAUGGACUCUGGACUACAGUUAGCCAACACGCUGCCAGUGUCAAGGAACAUGCUGGAUGUGUACAGCAGUGGAGGGAUGGUUGCUCCUACCAUCACUGUCUCUAACUCCUGUCCUGCUGACUUGCACACCAUCAAGACUGAGUUAACCGGUACCGUGGUGGAGGCUAAAGCUAUGAUGAAGGAACGACAGAAAAAGGACAAUCAUAACCAGAUUGAGAGACGGAGGAGGUUCAACAUCAACGAUCGCAUCAAGGAACUGGGAGCUCUCAUCCCCAAAUCUAGUGACCGACCCCCGUGCUACGGCGACAGGGAGACGCGUUGGAACAAGGGCACCAUCCUGAAGGCGUCUGUGGACUACAUCAGGAGGCUGCAGAAGGAGCAGCAGAGAGCCAAGGAGGUGCAGACCAGACAGAGGAAACUGGAGCACAGCAACCGCAGCCUGCUGCUACGCAUACAGGAGCUAGAGAUGCAGGCCUGCCUCCACGGCCUCUCCACCCCCGCCUCCUCCUCCCAGGGAUCCUCCUCCUCACACCUCAGCCUAUCACAAUCCCUGGACCCCAGCACGGGCGACGCCCUCUCCAAGACCCUCCUCUCCCUGAGUGGUGGCCUAGGCCUUCAGGCCACCUCCCCCUCGGCCUCGCCGGUUGGCCUGAUGAACAUGGCUUCUCCUCUGAGCUUCUCUGAGCUGGACGACCCGUCGGCCGCAGCCUUCCACUCCUCCCUGCUACCAGACAUGGGUCUUGGGGACAUCUUGAUGGACCAUGGGGGGAUAGGGAUGUCCCCGGUGUGGGCCCGAGAGCCCCUGCUCUCCUCCUUCUCCCCAGGACCCUCCAAGACCUCCAGCCGCAGGAGCAGCUUCAGCAUGGAGAAGGACUUGUGACUGGGCUGAGUCCAAAACCAACAACUCCUAGACCAGCGGUUCCCAAACUCGGGAUCCCAAGGGGAGCACGUUUUUGGUUUGUGCCCUAACACUACACAGCUGAUUCAAAUUAUCAAAGCGUUAUGGUUAAUUGAUUAUUUGAAUCCAUUGUGUAGUGCCAGGGCAAAAACCAAAACGUGCUCCCUUUAGGGUCCUGAGGACCCGAGUUUGCGAGACCCUUCCCUAUACCCUGGCUCCUAGACCCUAGCUCCUAGUAAUUGUUUAAGACACAAGGUUAUUUGUAGAUCAGUCAGUCUGCGAUGUAGUUGAUCUGGAGCACGACUUAAGGCCCUAAGCCCAUCAGAGGACUGCAGACUGAGGUGGAGCCUCCACAUACCAUGCAUGGCCCCGUCCAUCAAUCACAGAGUGGGGGUCAAAUGUCUUAGUUUAGUCUAGGAUUUGCAAAAUUCCAGUCCCCAAGUUUUCCAGAAAUCCUGGCAGUGAGGUUCCAGAAAUCCUGGCAGUAAGGUUCCAGAAAUCCUGGCAGUAAGGUUCCAGAAAUCCUGGCAGGAAUGUUCCAGAAAUCCUGGCUGUAAGGUUAAAAAAAAUGGAUUGGGGUAUUUUUCUCCAACCCUAGCAAACAAAAGCUGAUUUAAACAAAUUGUAUUCUAAACUAAAGAUAAUGAUUAGUUGAUUUUUGGAGUCGGGUUAGAAUUUUCCCAUCCCUGGUCUAUAUAUCAUAGAAAAGGAAACAGGAGUUUGGGCAUAUUGUUUCAAUGAAACUACAGAUGGUGUGUUCAGAAAGCCACAACUAUAGAAUUAAAAACUUUUAUUUGUA